AGAUGAGCACCCCGGGGGGCGCUGUGACCAACCGCGGACGGCGUUUCAAAUGGGCCAUUGAGCUGAGUGGCUCAGGAAGUGGCAGUAGGGGCCGCAGUGACCGAGGCGGCGGGCAAGGGGAUACCAUGUAUCCUGUAGGCUACUCAGACAAGCAGGUGCCGGACACGAGCGUGCAAGAGACGGACCGUAUCCUAGUGGAAAAGCGCUGCUGGGACAUCGCCCUGGGCCCCUUGAAGCAAAUCCCCAUGAACUUGUUCAUCAUGUAUAUGGCAGGCAAUACAAUCUCCAUCUUCCCCACCAUGAUGGUCUGCAUGAUGGCGUGGAGGCCCAUCCAAGCGCUCAUGUCCAUCUCAGCCACCUUCAAGCUGCUGGAGAGUUCCAGCCAGAAGUUCCUGCAGGGUCUGGUGUACUUAAUCGGCAACCUUCUCGGGUUGGCCUUGGCCGUGUACAAGUGUCAGUCCAUGGGGCUGCUGCCGACUCACGCCUCUGACUGGCUGGCUUUCAUCGAGCCCCCUGAGCGCAUGGAGUUCACUGGUGGGGGUCUAGUGUUAUGA